AUGGGAACCUCAGUUGGGUUGAGGCAUUGGCCUCAACUUAUCUAUGCAAUUGCAUUUUUCUUAAUUGCAAGAAAUGUUGCCGCUGAUUAUGAUAAGCCUUACUAUGAAGGCCAUCCAAACAAUUACUAUCCCCUUCCAACAGCACCAAGUCAUGAAGAACAACCACCAUAUCAUUUUAAACCACCACCGUAUGUCUAUAAGAGUCCACCACCUCCCUCUUCAUCGCCACCACCUCCUCCAUAUGUCUACAAAUCUCCUCCUCCACCAUCUCCCUCACCACCUCCGCCAUACGUUUAUAAGUCACCACCACCUCCAUCCCCUUCACCUCCUCCUCCAUAUGUCUAUGAGUUCCCACCACCUCCAUAUGUUUAUAAGUCCCCACCCCCACCAUCACCUUCACCGCCACCUCCAUACAUUUAUAAGUCUCCUCCCCCACCAUCUCCUUCACCACCUCCUCCAUACAUCUACAAGUCACCCCCACCACCAUCCCAUUCACCACCCCCUCCAUAUGUGUACAAGUCCCCACCCCCACCAUCUCCCUCCCCAUUACCCCCGUAUGUUUACAAGUCUCCUCCUCCACCGUCCCCUUCUCCUCCUCCAUACUAUUAUAAGUCCCCUCCCCCAUAUGCUUACAAAUCUCCACCCCCUCCAUCUCCUUCACCUCUUCCACCCUAUAUCUAUAAGUCACCACCACCUCCUUCACCCUCACCACCUCCUCCAUACUACUACAAAUCUCCACCUCCACCAUCUUCAUCACCUCCUCCAUACCAUCACUACCUCUAUAACUCGCCACCACCUCCCAUGUAUUAA